AUGGCCUCUCCCCUACGCACUCUCUUUCUUACAGAAGCCGUCCUCAAAGUGAUGGGGGGCUCCAUUUUCUUCUUCGCUCCAUCAACGAUACUCAAAAACCUAUCCGAACCUCCAUAUCCGGUAACAUCGCUCUCAUUGAUCCAAGCCCUCGGCACCCAAACCCUCGCAUUCAGUAUCCCGCUUUUCCUUGCCGCGAGAAUUGACUCAACGAGUAUUAAGAGCAGGAGGAUCGUGUACUACACGUUGUUAGGGAGAGAGGCAUUGUUAGCUUUUGGGCUUUUGGCGCAGAUUGGUUGGAGUUAUCUAAGGGGAUGGAGAGGGGGAAGGAGGGACAGUAUAAGGAGUGUUGAAGAGCUGGAGGAGGGGUUGGUGAGCGAUAGGAGAGGAACUAAAGAGGAUGAGAAGAAAGCACUGGAGAUGCUAAGAAGGGGGUUGUGGUUGUGGGUUGCGGAAGUAGCGCCGUUUGUCGUGGGGAGGAUGUGGAUUUUGGGAUUUAGGAAAGAGUGGUUUAAAUAG